AUGAACGAGUACGACUCUGCGCGUAUGCAUGACGUGCUGCGCGAGCAGGGUGAUUACGAGUUGGUUACUGAUGAGAACGAGGCGGACGUUAUCCUGCUCAACACCUGUUCGAUACGGGAAAAAGCACAGGAAAAAGUCUUCCAUCAGCUGGGCCGCUGGCAAUCGCUGAAAAAAGCCAACCCGGACCUUGUCAUUGGUGUUGGCGGCUGUGUGGCGAGCCAGGAAGGGGAUGCCAUACGUGCUCGAGCGCCUUAUGUAGAUAUGGUGUUUGGUCCGCAGACCAUCCACCGCCUGCCACAGAUGGUGGAUGCUGCGAAAGUACAGAAGCUGCCGGUGGUAGACGUCACGUUCCCGGAAGUGGAAAAGUUUGAUCUUCUGCCUGAGCCGAAGAUGGAUGGCCCCGCAGCAUUUUUGUCCAUCAUGGAAGGCUGCAGUAAAUAUUGCUCGUUCUGCGUUGUACCUUAUACACGCGGCGAAGAAGUCAGUCGAUCAGUUGAUUCGGUCAUGCAGGAAGUUGUUGCUCUGGCCAGGCAGGGUGUUCGCGAAAUACACCUGUUAGGGCAGAAUGUGAACUCCUAUCGGGGGGCAAUUGACGAUGACUUUGCCGAUCUGGCUGAGUUAAUACACUACGUCGCGGCAGUAGAGGGUGUCGAUCGGAUACGCUUUACAACGUCGCACCCACUGGAUUUUUCCGACACGCUGAUUCAGGCCUAUGCUGAAGUGCCGGAGUUGGUUGAUCAUCUGCAUCUACCGGUACAAUCUGGCUCUGAUCGUAUUCUCCAGGCGAUGAAACGCGGUCAUACGCGUGCCGAUUACGUAGAAAAAAUUGCUCGACUGCGCGAAGUCAGACCCAAUAUCAGUUUAUCUUCUGACUUUAUCAUCGGUUUUCCUGGCGAAACCCAGGCCGACUUUGAUGACACCAUGGCGUUAAUAGAAGAGAUUGGCUUUGAUGUUUCUUUCAGCUUUAUUUACAGCGCCAGACCGGGAACGCCUGCUGCGGCACUGCCUGACGAAACGCCUGAGGCGUUGAAAAAGGCCUGGCUGCAGCAGUUGCAGAGCCGUAUCCGUGAGCAGGCUGAGGAGAUUUCACAGCAGAUGGUCGGCACACGGCAGAAGUUGUUGGUUACUGGGGUAUCGAAAAAAGAUGCCAGCCAGCUGGCUGGUCGAACGGAAAACAACAGAGUUGUAAAUUUCACGGGUGACCAGAAUCUGGUCGGCGAGUUUGUGGAAGUUGUGGUGACUGAAGCGCUGCCGAAUUCUCUUCGUGGCGAACAGGUCAGUGGACCUGAGCCUCGAGUAGAAGCCGCCGCGGCGCUGCUACAUCAGCUGUAUAGAGAGACCCACGACCGGGACACCAUUGAUCCUGAUUUUGUGCAUCUGUAUCUGCAGGAAGCCGGGGUUGAAGCCCUGGUGCAGAACACUCCGGUUACGCAAAGCAAAGCCCAUCAGGGUGGUGAUGAUUCCGCUGAGUUGAUCAUCCGAACUUUUAAAAAGCCGAUUAAACCGCGCGGUGGUAAUCAGCAGGCUUAUACACGUUUGAUACGAGCACACGACAUUAAUUUCGGGAUAGGCCCAGCCGGUACCGGUAAAACAUUUCUUGCUGUGGCGUGCGCUGUGGAGGCCCUGGAAGCGCAGCGUGUGUCACGUAUUCUUCUGGUCAGGCCGGCAGUGGAAGCUGGUGAGAAGUUAGGGUUUUUACCUGGGGACCUGGCGCAGAAAAUCGACCCCUACCUGCGCCCGCUAUAUGACGCAUUGUAUGAAAUGAUGGGUAUUGAGCGGGUAACCAAGUUUAUUGAGCGGAACAUUAUUGAGGUCGCACCGCUUGCUUAUAUGCGCGGGCGAACGCUCAAUAACGCUUUUAUCAUUCUCGAUGAAAGUCAGAACACCACAGUGGCGCAGAUGAAAAUGUUUCUGACGCGCAUCGGCUUUGGCUCUACCGCGGUGAUUACCGGUGAUAUUACUCAGAUAGACUUGCCUCGGGGCGAGCGCUCCGGGUUGGUAAAUGUGCGUAAUGUGCUGCGCAAUAUAGACGGUAUCAGCUUUACUCAUUUUAGCUCUAAAGACGUGGUUCGGCAUCCUCUGGUGCAACGUAUUGUUGAUGCUUAUGCUGCUGCCGAAAGUCGUGCUGAUGCGGAUAACGGUCGAGAUGCCAAUCGUUCUGCAAGUUGA